UAUUUCUGUCUUCAGCUUUGUUAUUAUAUUCAGGGUAUCAAAUGGGGUGUUUAACGUGGAAGUAUCAAGUCUUGUGUGUACUUUCCUUGCUCUUCUUGCAUUCUCCAUCAUCUCUUUCUUCUUUUUUGUCUUCAGACUCACAAUGCUCUGCUCUACUCCAAUUUAAUAACUCUCUAUCUCUCGAAUGUUCUGCUUUUCGUUCUCCUUAUUAUAGAUCUGGUUCUAAUGCCCAAUUAUGUGAAACAUCUUAUCCAAAGACAGCCUCUUGGAAGGAGGAUAAGCAUUGUUGCAGUUGGGAUGGGGUUGAGUGUGACAAAAACACAGGCCGUGUGAUUGGCCUUGAUCUAAGUUAUAGUCGGCUCAAGGGCGCCAUUGAUUCCAACAGUACCCUCUUCCUUCUUCAACAUCUCAGGACCUUGAACCUCGCUGGAAAUGACUUCUAUCCCUCUCUGCUUUCAUCUGAGUUUGGCCAGUUUAAGAGUUUGACUUAUCUUAACCUUUCUUCCUCCUCCUUUACAGGCCAAAUUCCAUCUGAAAUCUCCCAACUAUCUUCGCUGGUUUCACUCGAUCUUUCUUACAACCAUUGGCUAUCAAUUGAAACACCAGUAUGGAAUAACCUAACUCUGUUAAGGGAACUUCUUCUGGAUUCCAUAGAUAUGUCCUCAAUUAGACCUAAAUCUUUGAUGAACCUAUCUUCCUCUUUGACAACUCUUAGUCUCUCUAACUGUAAAUUGCAGGGAAAACUCGAAAAUAGCAUCCUACUCCUUCCGAGUUUACAAACCCUUGAUCUAGGGUCUAAUCCGUAUCUUAAUGGUUCUCUUCCAAAGUCUAACUGGAGUAAUAGUUUCCUAAAAUUCUUAGAUCUCUCUGAUAUACGUUUUUCAGAUGAAUUACCUGAUUCUAUCGGCAGUUUAAAGUCCUUAAAGUAUUUGGGUUUAUUUUUUUGCAACCUUUCAGGAAUAAUUCCAAUAUCGCUUGGAAACCUUACUCAAAUUACUCAUUUGGACCUAUCAUAUAAUAGUUUCAACGGUAAGAUUUAAUUGCCCCUUGUGUAUUUUAGGUGUUUUGGGCAGAUGCAUGAAACUAACAAUUUUUA